AUGCAAGCUGCAGAAAAUGAUACUUUAAAUGGUUUAUUUAAGUCGGUGGUUGCCGUUUUAGAUGCAGAUGAUUUAAAUAUUAAAAGAUUGUUUCUUCAAAAUGGUGGUAAUAUUUUGAAUUAUCCCUAUAAUUGGAAAUUGGCUACGCACGUUAUAGGAAACGAUUUCGAUUCUUCAGUUGUCCAAGAAGGCGCUCGAAGGUCGCUUCGACUAGUCAAGACUAACUGGAUUGAGGAUUGCAUCGAGAAAAAUGCGUUGUUGGAUUAUGCGCCUUACAGCAGCAAUCCAUACCUAAUUUUCAAGGGGAUUUGUGCUACCACAUGUGAAAUAGAUCCAUUCUUGGCUUCUUUUAUUGAUGAUUCAUUGGAAGUUUUAGGGGGAAAGUUCACACCGGUAUUAAUAAAGUCUAUAACGCAUGUGUUUUCUAUUGAUGGAGAGGGUCCGAAAUGUCGAAAAGUUAAAGAAAAGGAAAAUGUUGAAAUAAAAGUUAUUCAUCCAAGGUGGAUCUUAGAAUGUUUGAUUCAAGGGAGAUGCAUUGACCAGAAGCACUAUUUAUUUCCCAGUCUCUCUUUUUCACAGAAACCGAAAAAUACUCUCAAUGACCAUUCUUUAUUUCGAAACGUAUUUCACAAAAAAAAGAUUUUCUUUUCCAGCGAUUUGAAUCUUCCUACGGUAGCCAACCAGGCUAUCCGUAAAUUUGCUGUUAAUUUAGGAGCUGAUAUAGCUGAGUCGACUCGGGAUUGUGAUGUUUUUAUAGGAUUUCAAAGAGAAACAGAUGAAUUCAGGAUCGCUAUCGUACAAAAUUCUACUAUAGCUACGGUCAGUUGGCUACUGAAUAGUUUUGUAUUAGGAUCUUGGAAGGAUCCCCUACUGGAUGCGCUUCAUUUCCCUUUACCUUCGAAGAAAUUUCUAAAAGGACAAACGAUUGCUUUGACAAAUUAUACUGGAAAAGCUCGAACGUAUUUAGAAAAGUUAAUUGUAGCUUCGGGGGCGUCAUAUACGAAAAAUCUAAAACCCACCAAUUCAGUGUUGAUAGCUGCUUCUUCAUAUGGGCAAAAAUUUGGUGCUGCCAAGGUUUGGAAAAUUCCAUCGGCCCAUCAUAUGUGGCUAUUUUCGUCAUUCAAAAGUCUUUCAUCUGAACCGUAUUCUGAUUUUCCUGUUCCUCUCGAUGAAUCAUAUAUGGAUUUUUUGCUUCCAUGUAAAUUAGAAUCAAAGAUUGAUUCGGAAGUGAAGGUUGCUGAAGGAUCUUCCCAUAAUGAUGAUCAAAUUUUGGUAAACCAAGAUAUAGAGAAAAAUAUGGAUUAUGAGCCGCCAGAAGCAAUCGAAGACAGAAUGAAUAAGGAGAAAGAGGGCGAUAAGCAGGGAAAUCAUAACAAUGAAACUCAUGAAGAUUCUAGUCUAUCGCCAGGAAGUCCAUUAAUGUCCAAAGACGUUCAACUAGAUGACGACUUACCGAGUAUAAAUGGUCCCGUUAUGGCAAAAUCAUUCUCUAACAACAAUAUUGCAUCAACCGAAAAUAUUCAAAUGAAUAAUGAAGAGGACCAUCCGAGGUUAAUUUUAGACAAUAUUACACAGAAUAUGAAUCUGGAGCAUAAAAAAGCGGAUACCCAAAUGUCAGAUGAAACGACGAAUCUAAGUACCCAAAAUCAGCAUGAAUCCACAUCUACACCUUUAUUAACUCCUUCAGUUAUUAUUCCUUCGUUAAAAGGCGUUUCUAAUUUAGCGGAAGAUCCCCAAGCACUUUCAAGACAUAACUCUCCAUCAUAUUCGGUAAUCCCUGAUUCAACUCAAGCAGAAAAUAUUGCCAGUAGUGCUCCCUCAACACAAGAACGUUCAAGAAGUAAGAGGAAAUCGGCUUCUAUGGCACUUUCCAUGUUGCAGAAUGUUGUAAUGCCAGAUGUGGUGGCAUUCGAACGGGAAAAAAGAUUAAAAAAACACGUUGACAUGACCGUUCCAGAAAAGCCAGGAUCUCAAACCAUGACCAAUACCAAUUUACAUGAACGACGAUAUGUUAUUAUAACUGGUUAUGAAACGAAGCCUAGUUCUGAUUAUCUAAAGAAGAGUAAUAUAAAUAUUACAUCGAAUCCAAGCAAAUGCACUCAUUUAGUUGCUCCUAGGAUUUUGCGUACGGCAAAGUUUUUAUGUGCUAUACCGAAUGGGCCUCAAGUGGUAACCAUGGAAUGGCUUCAAGAUAGCAUCAAGCAACGACAUCCUUCUGCAGAAGACAAAUAUCUUUUAAAAGACGAGGAAAAAGAAAAAGAGAUUGGCUGCUCCAUUCAGGAUUCUUUGAAGCGAGCUAGGGAAAAAGGGCCAACUCUUUUAGAAAAUUAUGUGAUAUAUUUGACAUCCAAAACAGUCGCUCCAGGAAAUGUUUCUGCUGUUACAAGUAUAGUGAAAUCAAACGGAGGAGCCUGUUCUACUAUUAGUAACUUCAACAAGCGCUUAACAAAGCACUUGGAAAACGGAAAUAUAAUCGUCAUUACUUGUCAAGAAGAUAGACAUAUAUGGGAAAACUUUUUAUCCUCCAUCGAAACUUACCAAAAUACAUUCCUUCAAAAUUACGAUUGGCUUAUGAAAACGAUAUUGAGACAGGAGUUGGAUGCUUCAGAAAAAGUCGCCAGUGAAUUUUCUCAAUAA